UGUGGGCGCGGCGCAGCGCGCGGCAGAGGGCCGGGCGCGUGGGGACGCGGGAGUGCGGGGUUUUCCGCGAGCCGCGCGGCGCCGGAGCACGCUGGCCGCCUGAGCUCGGCGCGGAGCCCAGGGCCCAGAGCCGCCGCCACCCGCCCCUGUGCGCGCCCCGCCAUGGAGCCCUCGCACAAAGACGCCGAGACGGCGGCGGCGGCGGCGGCGGUGGCGGCGGCGGACCCCCGCGCCGCGUCCUCGUCCAGCGGGGUGGUGGUGCAGGUCCGCGAGAAGAAGGGCCCCCUGCGCGCCGCCAUCCCCUACAUGCCCUUCCCGGUGGCUGUCAUCUGCCUCUUCCUCAACACCUUCGUGCCGGGAUUGGGCACGUUUGUCUCGGCCUUCGCGGUGCUGUGCGGAGCCCGCACCGACCUCCCGGACAGGCACGUAUGCUGUGUCUUCUGGCUCAACAUCGCAGCGGCCCUCAUCCAGACCCUCACGGCCAUCGUCAUGGUGGGCUGGAUCAUGAGCAUCUUCUGGGGCAUGGACAUGGUCAUCCUCGCCAUUUCCCAAGGCUACAAGGAGCAGGGCAUCCCACAGCAGCUGUGAGUCGAAGGCACUGCCGAGAAUUCCAGGGUGGUCCCAUGAGGGCUGCGCCAGGCUGCAGCGGGCACCAGGACCUCACUUGCUCUUCCGCCAUCUCCCGGGGUUGGAGUGGAAGAGGGGGAUUUAAAAAACAUUAUUUAUUUUGAAAACGCAUCUGCUGUUCUUGGCAGGCUGCGAGGCUGCCAGCCCCUCCCCCUGCUCCAGAAAGACGCAGGCCCCCAGAGCAUCUCAGGUGGGGUGGAGGGUGGGGAGUCGGGGGCGGGAUCACGGACAGCAAGGCUGGGAUGCUCGGCUUGCCCCUGCCCUGCACGUCUCCCUGCCCCCUGCCAGGGUGCCCCAGAGCUGCCAGGCAGGGGCAGGGUUCAGUGGACCCUUCCUCUGGGUCCCCAGCCCCCAUCUGAGUGUUUGGUCUCCCUGGGGCUACGCCAGGGCAGGAGUGAGCCAGGGCAGGAGUGAGCACUCAGCCCGGUGUGGAAAGGUCUGCUGUGCCCUCCGCCAUCCCAGGGCUGCCUGGGGACGGGUCCCCAAAAGUCUUUCCUGGCCCUGUGCUCCCUUACUGCAGCCUACCGUUCACCCACCCCCCUCCUUGCCACUGAAAUCUCUGGGCCUGGGUGUGUUUUGAGCUUUGU